UGAAAGCACAAAGUUUAGGGAGAGACUGAGAUUUCUUUGUGCCCCGCUGGACGGGCAAGGCGUGAGAGAGGAGAGUUGGGGUCUGUCAGAGAGGGCUGUUGGAAGAAGUUGCCUGGAAGGGGGGGGCGGGUGCCCUGGCAGCUGCCCAGCGUUGACGCGGUGACAACUGCAGAAGGUGGCCCUCCUCCAAGCCCUCCCGACGCCUCCCCCCAACUCCCACCCACCCCUGCCCCCAUCCCCCACCACCGCCUGGAUCGCCCGGACUUCACCCGACCGAGGCCGGGGCCGUAGUUUGCAUCCGGACUGGCUUUGGAUGCAGCCAAUCCUCCUUUGGCUGAUGGAAUAGUCUCCCCUCCCUACAGCCCCGGCGCGCCCCUCCCUCGCGCGCCUCGCCGCCUCCCGCGGCAGAGCAGGAGCUGCGCGGCCCGGUGCGGCGGCGGCGGCGCCCGAGUGAUCUGUCCCGCACGCCGGGGCGAGGGGCGAGCGAGCGCGCUCCUCCUCCUGAGCCCUGCGCCCCCGCGCUCCCCCUCUCCCCCCUGCUCGCUCUCCCGUCCCUCCCUCCUCUCUUCCUUCUUUCCUUGUUAUUUCCCUCCUCUCUUUCCCCUUUUCUCUCCUCCUGACCGUUCGCUCGAACAUUCCCAUUCUCCUCCCCGCGGCUCUCCGCUCUCCCCCUCCCCUCCUCGCUGUCACACUCUCUCUGCCCCCGUCUCUCCUUUUCUCAUUUGCUUGCUCAUCUCCGAGCGUGGAUCCGCGGCUCCCGGAGGAGCCCAGCGCCUGGAGCACCUGGAGUCCGGCCGGCGGCGGCCCGAGCCUGGCCAGCGGCGGCAGCGGCGGGAGCCGAGGGAGCGGCAGCCCCGACCGCGGGCACCGCGGGAGCCCCAGCGGCAGCAGCCGCCGCCGAGAUGUCCCGGCGAAAGCAGAGCAAACCCCGGCAGAUCAAACGGCCGCUUGAAGAUGCCAUUGAAGAUGAGGAAGAAGAAUGUCCAUCAGAGGAAACAGACAUCAUCUCCAAAGGAGACUUUCCAUUGGAGGAAAGCUUUUCCACAGAAUUUGGACCUGAAAAUCUGAGCUGUGAAGAAGUGGAAUACUUCCGUAACAAAGGUGAUGAUGAAGGAAUCCAGGAGACAGCAGAAUCAGAUGGGGAUACACAGUCGGAGAAACCAGGGCAACCUGGAGUUGACACAGACGACUGGGAUGGACCAGGAGAGCUGGAGGUGUUUCAGAAAGAUGGGGAACGAAAAAUUCAGAGUCGGCAGCAACUUCCGGUGGGAACAACCUGGGGGCCGUUUGCUGGGAAGAUGGACUUGAAUAACAAUUCUCUGAAGACAAAGGCUCAGGUCCCAAUGGUGCUGACUGCUGGUCCCAAGUGGUUGCUGGAUGUGACUUGGCAAGGAGUGGAAGACAACAAAAACAACUGCAUUGUGUACAGCAAAGGGGGUCAGCUUUGGUGUACAACUACAAAGGCCAUCUCUGAGGGUGAAGAGCUAAUUGCCUUUGUGGUGGAUUUUGACUCAAGGCUACAAGCUGCCAGUCAGAUGACUCUCACAGAAGGGAUGUACCCUGCACGCCUGCUGGACUCAAUUCAGCUGCUUCCUCAGCAAGCUGCCAUGGCUUCUAUUUUGCCCACAGCUAUUGUCAAUAAGGAUAUAUUCCCUUGCAAGUCCUGUGGCAUCUGGUAUCGGAGUGAGCGGAAUCUGCAAGCCCAUUUGAUGUACUACUGCAGUGGGAGGCAAAGAGAAGCUGCUCCAGUGUCAGAGGAAAACGAAGACAGUGCCCAUCAGAUUUCCAGCCUGUGCCCCUUCCCACAAUGCACCAAGAGCUUUUCAAAUGCUCGAGCUCUAGAAAUGCACCUGAAUUCACACAGUGGAGUGAAAAUGGAAGAAUUCCUGCCCCCUGGGGCUAGUCUAAAAUGCACCGUCUGUAGCUACACUGCUGAUUCUGUGAUCAACUUUCACCAACACCUGUUCUCCCAUCUCACUCAAGCUGCCUUCCGAUGUAAUCACUGCCAUUUCGGCUUCCAGACUCAGAGGGAGUUAUUGCAGCACCAGGAGCUCCAUGUCCCUAGUGGCAAACUUCCCAGAGAAAGUGACAUGGAACACUCCCCAAGUGGAACCGAAGACAGCUUACAGCCAGCCACAGACUUGUUGGCCAGAAGCGAACUUCCCCAGAGCCAAAAGGCCAUGCAAACUAAAGAUGCAAGCUCUGACACAGAGCUGGACAAGUGUGAGAAAAAAACUCAGCUCUUUCUCACGAACCAGAGACCAGAGAUACAGCCUACAACAAAUAAACAAAGCUUUUCUUACACAAAAAUAAAAUCUGAGCCCUCUAGCCCAAGACUUGCCUCAUCGCCUGUUCAGCCUAAUAUUGGUCCUUCUUUCCCUGUGGGCCCUUUCCUAUCUCAGUUUUCUUUCCCCCAAGAUAUCACUAUGGUCCCUCAAGCUUCAGAGAUCUUAGCGAAGAUGUCUGAACUGGUGCAUCGGCGACUGAGGCAUGGCAGCAGUAGCUACCCCCCUGUCAUUUACAGCCCCUUGAUGCCCAAGGGGGCUACUUGUUUUGAGUGUAACAUAACAUUCAAUAAUUUGGAUAAUUAUCUAGUGCACAAAAAACAUUACUGCAGCAGCCGAUGGCAGCAGAUGGCCAAGUCCCCAGAGUUCCCUAGUGUGUCAGAAAAGAUGCCUGAAGCUUUGAGUCCCAACACUGGCCAAACCUCCAUAAACCUUCUCAACCCAGCUGCUCAUUCUGCUGAUCCCGAGAAUCCACUUCUUCAAACAUCUUGCAUCAAUUCUUCCACUGUCUUAGAUUUAAUUGGGCCAAAUGGGAAGGGCCAUGACAAGGACUUUUCUACUCAAACUAAGAAGAUCUCUGCUUCCAGUAGCAGUGAUGACAAAAUUAAUGGAAAACCUGUUGAUGUGAAAAAUCCCAGUGUCCCCUUAGUGGAUGGCGAAAGUGACCCAAAUAAGACUACCUGUGAAGCGUGCAACAUUACCUUCAGCCGGCACGAGACAUACAUGGUCCACAAACAGUAUUACUGUGCUACACGCCACGACCCUCCACUAAAGAGGUCUGCUUCCAGCAAAGUGCCUGCCAUGCAGAGAACCAUGCGCACACGCAAGCGCAGAAAGAUGUAUGAGAUGUGCCUACCUGAGCAGGAACAAAGGCCUUCACUGGUUCAGCAGAGAUUUCUUGACGUAGCCAACCUCAAUAAUCCUUGUACCUCCACUCAAGAACCCACAGAAGGGUUAGGAGAGUGCUACCACCCAAGAUGUGAUAUCUUUCCAGGAAUUGUCUCUAAGCACUUGGAAACUUCUCUGACGAUCAACAAGUGUGUUCCAGUUUCCAAAUGUGACACUACUCAUUCCAAUGCUUCCUGCCUAGAGAUGGACGUACCCAUAGAUCUUAGCAAAAAGUGUUUAUCUCAGUCUGAGCGGACGACCACGUCUCCCAAAAGGCUGCUGGACUAUCACGAGUGCACUGUGUGCAAGAUCAGUUUCAAUAAGGUAGAAAACUAUCUGGCCCACAAGCAGAAUUUCUGCCCAGUUACUGCACAUCAGCGUAAUGACCUGGGUCAACUGGACGGCAAAGUGUUUCCGAAUCCAGAAAGUGAACGAAACAGCCCUGAUGUCAGCUAUGAAAGAAGCAUAAUAAAAUGUGAGAAAAAUGGGAAUCUGAAGCAGCCUUCCCCCAAUGGAAACUUAUUUUCAUCCCACUUAGCAACACUCCAAGGCCUGAAGGUCUUUAGCGAAGCUGCUCAGCUCAUUGCUACAAAAGAAGAAAACAGACAUUUGUUUCUUCCACAAUGCCUUUACCCUGGAGCAAUAAAGAAAGCAAAAGGAGUCGACCAGCUUUCUCCAUAUUAUGGAAUAAAGCCAAGUGAUUACAUUUCUGGCUCUCUUGUCAUCCAUAACACUGACAUUGAGCAAAGCACAAACGCGGAAAAUGAAUCUCCUAAAGGCCAGGCUUCCUCAAAUGGGUGUGCUGCGCUGAAGAAAGAUUCUCUGCCAUUGUUGCCCAAAAAUAGAGGAAUGGUAAUAGUGAACGGUGGACUGAAACAAGAUGAGAGACCCACUGCCAACCCACAGCAAGAGAACAUUUCUCAGAAUCCUCAGCAUGAAGAUGGCCAGAAAUCUCCUUCAUGGAUCUCUGAGAACCCAUUAGCUGCCAAUGAGAAUGUCUCACCAGGAAUUCCCUCAGCAGAGGAACAGUUGUCUAGUAUAGCAAAAGGUGUGAAUGGUUCCACCCAGGCUCCAACCAGUGGAAAAUAUUGCCGGCUGUGUGACAUCCAAUUCAACAACCUUUCAAACUUUAUAACUCACAAGAAGUUUUAUUGCUCAUCACAUGCAGCGGAACAUGUCAAAUGAACUCACUAAAUAAACAUCAGUCACCUUUGGUAUCAGUGUUUAGUAUGUUGUUCUAAACAGUCCAGAAAAAAAGAAAAAGCUAUUUGAAUUACAUCUGGGCAAUCAGGAGAUAAUUCAUUAUGGCUGAGUUGAAGACUUAAGGUGUAAUUUCAUUACAGUCCAUUAGUAAAGUGUAUUAUUGGUGCCAUUUUCAAAAAAAAAUUAAUUUAUUUUACCAGCAGUAUUCAUAGCUGUGGUUAUGUUAUUUUUUAUUUAAAAACUUUAUAUUAAAGUCAUUUGUAAUGUUAUUGUAUAGUUAUUGUGUAGCACAUAUGGUUUGCACUGUAUAGUAGCUUUUAAAGAAAAUAGUCACAAACAAUACAGAAAAGCAUUUUAGAAAUAGCUUCAAAAGCACUUGUGUAUCUUGAUUUUUUCUUAUAUGCUGUUGCAGAUAUAUGUAUACGCUAAAAUAUAACUUGCAAAGAUGUUCUAAAUACACAUGAUAUAAGUUCGCCUUAAGAUUUCAAUUCUUGGAUAAUCAGGCUCCGUUUGCACUUUAUAUUUUAGCAGAUACAGUCUCUUAGUCACUAGGCUUUGCAUUUGUAUGUAGCUGUAUGUUUCUGUCCAUUUUCUUAAUCCUAAACCUGUAUGUUAAAUGAAGAUGGCAAUUUUUUUCUUGUAUAGUACUUGUAUUUUCUUUCGCUGAUGCAGCUCUGUCUCAAUUUUUAAACCUUUGCUGUUAAAUGCAAUACUUUAUAAAGAAUGAACAAAAUUACUGGAAGCAGUAUUGUAAGUAAUGAGGUAGUAUUAAUCAGUUUUAUCUUUUGAAAGGCACAGUCUAAAUCGAAACCCUUAACUCAAUGCUGCAAGUAUGAAUUUAAUUCAUAUAUAAGAUCUAUUUAAAUAUAAGAGUAGCAAUACUGCACCUGGUGAUCACAAAGAUAAUGUUCUACUUCUGAUAGAAAUAAUUUCUCAACAAAUGUUGUUACUAUGCAUGUAUAUGGAUGGAAUAAAAUUCCAGAUUGUUGGAGAA